AUGUCAGUAUGCGUAGUGUUACCUGCAGCUGACGAGCCUGAUGGCGAGUACCUCUUUGUGGAUUCCGAAAAUAAGUUGAACAAGUAUGCCCCGAAGAAUUGGCGAAACUCUCAUACAUAUGGUUUAGACAGCAGCGGAAGACCAGCUUUUGUGUUAUAUUUCCGAGUUCGUUUUUAUAUUGACACGCCGUUACUCUUAAGCGAUGAGACGACGAGACAUCAUUAUUAUCUGCAAUUACGUGAUAACGUUGUCAGACAUGGUGGUGGAGUGGAGAGCCUCCACCCUCACCAUCCCCUUCACGAUCCAUCUAUCGUUACGCCACUGCUCGCACUUGCAGGACUUGCUCUCCAAGCCGAUCUUGGCGAUUAUUCUGAGGAACGGCAUAGACCACAUGCAGGAUCUGUCGGCUACUGCAAAUCCACAGAUUACCUUCCUCCUCAUAUGUGUCUCGAAUCGAACGUGCUCGCUGCGCUCGCAACCCAACAUAAGGAGAACAGUGGACUUUCCAGGGAAGAGGCAGAGUUACAAUACAUUCGGGAAGCAGUACUUUUGGAGGCGCCGCUCAAUGCUCAUCUAUAUCGAUUGCGUCGAAGCAAGAAUGAGGCGGGACCUGGACGUAUACUUCUGGCGAUCUGUGCCCGUGGAGUACGUAUCUAUACUGAAGAGGAAAUACCACGCAUCUUUGCUUGGAACAACAUCGGCAAACUUUCCUUUGAUCGCAAAAAGUUCGAAAUCCGGGCGGUUGAUCAGCCAGAUAAGCUCACUCUCUACAGUGGGUGCGAUGACAAGAGCAAACUUCUUUUGGGACUUUGCCGUGACACCCAUCAGUUUUCAAUGGCUAUAGCACCUAGAGUAAAUGAAGCUAAAAGACGGGAAGAAGAAGGUGAGUUAUUGCUCUAUAUUUUUAUUCAACGUUAA